AUGGUUGAUAGUUUGGUGCCCGAGCUGGAGUUGUAUGCCUGGGAAGGCCAGCUGAAGGACCCCGAGGUAAUUGGGCCUGCGAACGUAUUAUCACCUUGCGGUGACGAGAAACGGCCGCGCCUUAUCGCUGCGGCUGUCGGACCGUUGCAACACGAUGGGGCCACCCGGCGCAGACGCUUAUUCAUCGUCGAGCCAUUGGGAAUGUGGGUCAAGGAUGGUCAGACUGUGCCGGAAAACCCGAUCUUCAAGGCCCCUGCGUCAUCGGGAAGCCCGGCAUUGGGCGCGGCUGCGGAACGCAUCCCGGAGCACACUCCAUCAACUUGGCCUCCUCCUCCAAGGCAUGGACCUGCUGUGGUGCUGGAACCGCGAAGCCUUGCGUGCAGUAACGGCGGUCAAACUUUCCCAACUGGGGGACCCCAGCUCUUGGGCCCACCUCUCAGCGACCUGUACCUGCAGCCGCAGCAGCAGAUGACGCUCAAAUACCACCAGUUACAUGAACACCACCAGCACCACCAAUACUACCAACACCAGCACCACCAAUACUACCAACACCAGCACCACCAACACCAGCAUCAGCCGGAGCACCACGACCAGCAGCUGCAGCCUUUGCUGCUAGAGCUAGGUUUGAGCGACACCGCGGAGGGGCUCACCGCCUUCCAGGGUCCCUUGCGCCGCCUAGCCCCCGUCCCUGGCUUAACCCCGUCCCAGGCUCCGGCCCAACCCACGGGGGCCCGCUUCCAGCCGUACCUCAACCGCUCCCCUCCCGCAGUGGCUCCAGGCUGUGCGGCAGCCAGCUGUCUACCUCCCCCCCCAGCCGGCGGCGCGCUGCCCCUCAUGCCGCCCGUGGGUCGCCCAGGACGGCGAAGCAGCGGCUCCCGCAGCGAUACCCUGCUGGCAGCCCUGCACCAACAGCAGCACCAACAGCAGCAUCAACAGCCUUCUGUCAGAAUGCUUGAUACAGGAACACUAUCGCAGCUGCUGCUGCACGUACAACAGCAACAACAACAGCAGCAACAACAACAACAACAACAGAAGCAGCAGCAGCAGGUGCAUGACAUGCAAGAGCCGCACCCCCCGCGGGAAGGCGCAGCAGCGGCGCUUUGGACUGAAUGGACCCUGGGUGAGGACGCGGCGGCGGUGCUGCCAGACCCCGCGGCGGGAUGGUCCCUGGUGCAGGCAGUAGGCUGUACGACAUCAUCAUUGACGUCACUUCCGGACCCAGGACCGCAAGUGUGA